AGUUUGUUUGAAUAUUUAAAGGCUUUAAACCUAAUAAAAUAUAUUUUAAAUUUAAGUAAUACAAAUGAAAUCUUAAUCACAGCCUAUUUCACAUCACUGCCGAAGAGCUGAGCGCCCCAAAUAACAAAUGAUAGAACGGUAACACUGUCUGGAGAUGCAAAAUAAUGACGCUGACAUCGAAUCGGACCUAGGGGACGUAUAAUGGAUAAUAAUGUAGAGCAAGCUGCAGUAAAAAGCAAAACAGAUUCCGCCACAGUAAAUAUUGGAGCAGCAGCUGGAUCCGGAGCAGCAACAGGAACAGUCGGUGGAGCCAGCGGUGCCGGGGUCCUGGCCAACGCAAACUCAAAUUCAAACUCGACCUUUUGGAAAAACAGCGGACGAAGGGUGCCCGGACGGCCCAGUCCCAAGCGGGAGCUUGAUAGGCCAGCGGGACUUGGAGUUGGCAUGGUGUCCACCUUCCGGGACUAUCAGCAGUCGGUGAGCGAUGCCUGGGACACCGGCGAUGACGAAUUCUGCAUCAUCAGCAACUCUGAAGCAGCAGCUGCAGCAGCAGGAGCCGGCGAGACUGCACGGAUCUCUCGCCAAGUGUCCCAGACGGUAGCCCUUAAUGUGAUUGAAACGCAUUCGCGCAGCAACCAGAACCACAACGCAUCCAAGACCUUAAGUGACUGCGGUCCUGAUGUGAUAACGCCCAGUAGGAACCCGGCGGAGGAUGGCAAGGAAGACCGCCGAUCGCUACCGGACAGCAACGAGAACAGCCCUUCCCAUGAGUCCCAGUCACCAAGUUUAGAGUCAAGAACGCAAGAACUGAAACCCGCCAUGGAUAAUAAUCGAGGUUGCAUUUACAGAUCAAGAUUAAGGAACUACCCGGGUCGGCCGCAGCUACAGAAGAUAAGGUCAGACUGCCAGGACAGCGAGUAUGAGACGAAGAUUGAAAAGUUCCAGGUACUUCUCGAUUCGCCUCAACUGGAUCUGGCCGCCCUCAAGAAAAUCAGCUGGUCGGGAGUUCCCAGAAAAAUGCGCGCUGUUAGCUGGAGGCUGCUCUCAAAAUAUCUUCCACCCUCGAGCGAACGGCGGAUGGCGGUGCUGGAGAGUAAACGACAGGGCUACCAAGACCUCAGGCACAACUACUUCCGCGUGGACAGUCAGGAUGAGACGCAACAGGAUACGUACCGCCAGAUUCACAUCGAUGUGCCUCGCAUGAAUCCCCAAAUUCCGCUCUUCCAGCAGAAGCUUGUCCAAGAGAUGUUCGAGCGAGUGCUAUUUAUCUGGGCAAUAAGACAUCCAGCUUCCGGCUAUGUUCAGGGCAUUAACGAUCUGGUUACGCCCUUCUUCAUUGUCUUUCUGCAGGAGGCUCUGUCGCCGGACACGGAUCUCGAAAAGUAUGACAUGUCUACGCUGCCGGAGGCAACUCGUAAUAUAAUCGAAGCCGACUCAUUUUGGUGCCUAUCCAAGUUUCUUGAUUGCAUUCAGGACAACUAUAUCUUCGCGCAACUGGGCAUCCAGGAGAAGGUCAACCAACUCAAGGAUCUUAUACAACGUAUUGACGUGAAUCUACACCGUCAUUUACAGACGCAUGGUGUCGACUACUUGCAAUUCUCAUUUCGCUGGAUGAAUAAUCUGCUGACACGCGAACUACCGCUGCACUGCACCAUCCGUUUGUGGGACACAUAUCUGGCCGAGUCUGACGGGUUCGCCCUGUUCCAUUUGUACGUGUGUGCCGCCUUUUUGCUGCACUGGAAGGAGCAGCUGAUGCAACAAAACGAUUUCCAGGGUCUCAUGUUGCUGCUACAAAAUCUGCCAACCCAUAACUGGUCCGAUCGCCAAAUCAACGUUCUGCUGGCCGAGGCAUUCCGCCUCAAGUUCACGUACGCCGAUGCGCCCAAGCAUCUGGAAACGAAGAGUUGACAAAUGAAACACAAACAAUGCAUAUACGUAACAUAGAAGUUAGUUUACUACUAAAAUGUUCGGAAUAUACCUACACAUACACGUACGCUACAUACAUCUAAUAAUUAUAUACAAUUUGUUAUUUA